GCGUUCGUAUCAAUCAUCCGCGCGUAGGACGUGCAGUAGGCGCUGUCGAGCGGCUUUUGCAUCAGUCGUGUACUUUCCUUUGGAGAUGUUUGUAGCGUAAUUUUUUGCACUAUACGUAAUGUUGCAAAAGUCUGCCAAUAUGGUAAGAUUGUGUGUAGCACGUUCGUGGUACUCGCGCAGGGAUCGAUAACCUCACGCUUCGCUUGUGUUGACUUGAGCGGAAAAUCGCCCGUGCUGUGGAAUGUCCUGCCCCGGAGCUGACGGCAAGUGAGCGCAACCGUGUCCUUGCCACCGAUGGCUGAGCGCCUAUGACAUGCUGUCAGCGAGUUGAUGACAAAAUGUUGCCGUCAGGUACAGAAGUGGUUGCCCGCUACAACUUCAAUGGCAAGUCUAGCGAGGACCUGUCUUUUACCAAAGGGGAUAUCAUGACCAUCGUCUCUGAGACUCCGGACUGCAAUUGGUUCCGGGCAAGGCAUAGUGAUGGGCGUGAAGGCCUUAUACCACUCAACUACAUCCUCCGCAGGGCAGAGGUCAAGCUCAAUUCUAUGCCAUGGUUUCAUGGAAAGAUUAGCCGUGAGCGAGCAGAGAUGUUGCUGCAGCCUCGGGAAGACGGGCUCUUCCUGGUGCGCGAAAGCACCAACUACCCUGGUGACUACACGCUGUGUGUCUGCUUCCGGUCUAAGGUGGAGCACUAUCGUGUCAUCUACCGCAUGGGCAAGCUCACAAUUGAUGAGGAGGAGUACUUUGAAGGGCUGCCGCAGCUCAUUGAGCAUUAUGAGCAAGAUGCGGAUGGGCUGUGCACACGUCUGUCGCGUUCGGUGCCCAAGCAAGGUGGUGAGCUGGCAAUCGACCACCGAGCCUUCGAGAUGGCUGGCUGGGCAAUCAAGAAGCAGGACUUACAAGUGAUCGAGAACAUUGGCAAGGGCGAGUUUGGAGAUGUCUUGCUUGCAAACUACAAAGGCCAGAAGGUAGCAGUAAAAAAGAUCAAGGAGUCUGGCAAGAAUAUGCUCAUCGCUGAGGCAUCACUUAUGACGUCCCUACGUCACCCAAACCUCGUCCAGCUUCUUGGCCUGGUCAUUGAGGAGAACUCGCUGCAAAUUGUCACUGAGUAUAUGGCCAAAGGUUCCCUGGUGGACUACUUGCGUUCCCGGGGACGGCUCCAUGUCACGCGCGUCGAUCAGAUCAACUUUGCCACUGACACAUGUGCGGGCAUGGCGUACCUGGAGUCCAAGCACGUGGUGCAUCGAGACCUGGCUGCUCGGAACGUGCUCAUCUCGGAUGACUGCCUGGCCAAGGUGUCCGACUUUGGCCUGGCAAAAGACGAAAGUGACAAUCUAGAGGGUGGCAAGUUUCCUAUCAAAUGGACUGCCCCCGAAGCCCUCAAGUGCAACAAAUUCUCCAACAAGUCAGACAUGUGGAGUUUUGGCAUUCUGCUAUGGGAGAUCUACUCGUUCGGCCGGGUACCCUACCCUCGAAUUCCCCUUGCAGAUGUGGUGCGUCACGUGAGCAAGGGCUACCGCAUGGAAUCGCCCGAGGGCUGUCCUAGUGAAGUGUACGAGCUCAUGCGUGCUGCCUGGCAGGAGGAACCCCAGGAGAGACCCACCUUUGCGCAGGUGCUACGCAAACUGCAGGGUUUGAAACUUGAAGCUCAGAAUGCCAUCUGACAGCAUCCCACGAGCGACGCCCCAGAGGUGGCGACGGCUUCUUGCUCAGCAGACGCAUGUGCACACUUGCCAUCUUCUAGUGGGCAGGACCAGACAGCUGACAAGCGCCGCUCUCUUGCCAGUGAAUUGACUCUCGAACAGACACAAGGACUGAAAUGCGGUGUACCAGUCGCUCCUGUUGUCAGUGUUGCAGCUGCAAGCAGCACUGCGGUGGAGGACGCUGCAGUGAAUGCUGAACAAAGUAUACCUGAGGAUUCAAAUGGCACACUGCUCUUGAAUGCAGAAAUGCCUGUUCCGGAUGUGUGUCUGCAUGAAAGAACUCUGCUGCAAGAGUCAGUCGGUGGUGGGGCAGAAACAGGGCCCGCCGAGGUGGCUGCCCCCUGUAAGGCGUGGAGCGGCGGCAGUGGUGCUUUGAGCACUGCACACAAGCCAUCAUCGAGCAGCCUAGGAGAGCACCGAACGCGGGUUUCCGUGGCGGGUGCCUUUGCACUCUUGGUGACAGCCUACCUUCAGACCCAGAUCCCUCCAUAGGUGAUGCUCAGUGCCACUCUUAUAUAAGUCUGGACCACGCCGAGCAACUGUUCUGCGUCGAGGUUUCGUUUUUCUGUUGUGGUUUUUCGUUUUUUCUUUCUUACCCUGUGACACCUGCUUGCUCUGGGCAGGAGCAGUCAUCUUAUUUCUAUUUUAUCAAUUUGAGCGAUACUCAGUUUGGAUACAGGUGUUUGUACAUGCAUUGCCUUGUGCCGAGAUCUGUGCUGAGCACUGUUUUCUGCUUCACUUCUGCUGGACAUGCGCUUUAGUGCAUGCAAAGUGUGUAUUGCUCAGAGAAACGUGAUAUCGUCCAACGUGGAGUUACUGUACCAAUUUCUUAUUGAACCCACCCAAAAUGUAAUGGCACGUGAUGGACUGGCUUCUUUAUAAGUUAUAGUCAGUGCAGCGUGGCCAGAUGAUAGAGUGAGAAGUAUGCAUAUCUUCUUGUAACAGCAACAAUUAAUAUACCCAAUCAGAAUGAUUUAAGUUUUUUUUUUGAUGGUCUGUAUGUGUAAUAUUACUGCCAGAAAUUUUCCUCUACUGUUGUGAAGCAACUUCUGCAGUUAGCAUUGAAGCUCUUUGUUUGUUUAUUUCUUUUUAGAAAGUCUCCUAUGCUGUUAAAGCUUCUGUUGUUUGGUAUCAUGUGCACUGCUAAGGUAAAUAGAUGGCCGAGUCCUGUAUCAUGAUGAGUUGCAAUGUGUUCAUUCGAAUGGAAUAACGCUUCCAAGAAACAAUAUUGCUGUUACCUUCUUCUGUUCUUGCAUUCUUCUACGCAGAGUUUGGAUUUAUCCCCCCAUUUUCUUCCUGAAGUUGGUAAGGUCUGUACGAUGAGAGCAGGCCAUAUAUAUAUUUUCUCUUUUGCAACUUCCAGCUCGCACACACUUUUUAACUUCCAUGUAAGCAAAAACAAAUGGCGGCCUUUUUUGUGGUUGUGUGUGUCGGGCCCAGCAGACGCAUUAAGGUGAAAGCAGAGUUCUGUCCAUUUUCUGCCUUUUCUGUAGGCAUCUAUUGAGAAACUUGGUGUGAAAGCUUUUCCAUAAUUGCGUGUUUCAUUUUCUCCAUUCUUAGCUGUGCCAAAGUGAACAGCAGUUGUGCUUGAUGAAGGGGACUUGCAAAUCACUUUUGUGAUGUUGGUGCACAAUGCACUGUGAAACUGCAGAGCUAAGAAAGCUAUGCGAUGCAACAAAAAGCCCAUACUAGCUAACCUAACAACUGGCCACCACAACUGCUAAGUAAUUGCUGUAGCUUCAUGCUGCCCUCUAUAAACUGUUUUUACUGCAUGACAUGGCAAAUUCUUGUCUGCCAGCUGUUGACCUCGAAUUAGUCACAUUUUGUGGCAUCUUACCUGGGAUAAUGUAACAAUUUUAUCCCAAUUCUUUUCCUUUUCACUGUUUGUCAGUGGUUCAAACAAAGUAUGACCUAUUAGAUCACCAGGAUCGGCCACUUGUGAGCUUUAUGUGAUCAUGAAGAUAAUAGAACCAUGUGAAAGAAAUCACUAAACUGACCCAGCAUAUAAAAUGAGAGCCUCUUUAUGGGAGGCAGUUUUGUUACAAUAAUACAUCAAGGAUAGAAGCUCCGCUUAAAGUGAACAGAACUGCUCUAUUUCUUACUGUGGGAUAAGCCUGUCUUAGGCAUGAGAAAUGUGGCCAAGUUAUUGUGAAAAUGCCAAAAAUCGUUCCUUCCCUGGUGAUGCAUUAUCCAUUUGCAUUGUAGCAAGGGGUGUAAUUUGCGAGUUCUUAAACACUUUUCUCUUUUCGGCGCCAGCCAAUUUUCGGCCUUUGCGCAAGGCCGGCGUUUGGCUGUGCUUGGUCGUUCGUAACACCUGGCUGUGUCCCUUCUUUCAGUUCUUACAUUGCAUUUGUGUUUUGUGAUGCUGCUUUUCGUGUAGGCCACUUUCGCUUCUCUUUACAGUCGCUGCCAUUCUUAGCUGUCAGCGCUGAAGCUUUCUAAAUGUACUGCCUGUCAUAUGAGGUAUGGCCAGUGUACAAGCUGCAAUGUUAUCAUAAAGAUGUCUUUGGCAUGUCAGAGAUGCAUUAAUCUAGCGCCACAAUGUGCCACAGCAAAGAUAUUUAUAUUAUUCACCGCCCAAUGUUUUCAAGAUGCGCGCCGUCUCCUGACCGGAAUCUGAUCUUUUGCUUAUAUUAGUAUGUGGCGCCGCAUGUUUGAUUUAAAGGGGCACUAAAGGUGAAAUUGAGUCUAGCUAGAGUGACAGAUCACAUUCCUGAAAACUCGUCAAUUUUUUUUAAAGAGAAGAGUAGUCAGUUGAAGAUGGCAAGUCUCUCUCGAUUUUAACUGUCCAUGAAGCAUGAACAUGUUUCAAUCACAGCCUCUUGAUUCGUGACUUGCCUCUGUAUUGUCCACCAUGAAUAACUAUUCUUCAUGCAUCAUUGCCAGCGCUAGUGUCCGAGGGAAUUAGUUUCAAAGUGGUGGCAUUGGGCGUUCAUCCCAUUACUUUCUCGCUUAUGUAAGGUAUGUUCUUGGCAGCAGUUGUACAUUUAUUGUUUGAGGACACUGAUCUGUCAGCUUAGCUUAACUUAAUUUUUUGCCUUCAGCGUCCCUUAAUGAAAAAGCACUCACAGACUUAGUGACAUGCAGGAAAAUUGUUUAUGCACAAUUUUUGGCAAACUAGUACACAGCCAAGUUCAGUAAACUGUUGUCUCUGUCUGCCACAAAACAAACAUAACAGGUGCACAAAAAGCUGUUAUGUAGAGCUUCCUGCACGGAGGUUUCAUUAGGAAUGCCUCAAUAGUAGUUUAAAAGGUUGUUUCGACAAGCUCGUUUUCUUGCUUAUGAAGCUGCGAGCAAUCCUUUGAUGGUUCAUUUUUGCCUGUGCGCACUCUCCAUGGGGUAAUGGAGUUGAGCAUAGUGGGCAUGGAUGAAGAAACAAUAAGGAACAGGGGACGUACUUAAAUGCUAUAGCUUCAAGUAGAUGUGUGCUGCCUAGGAACUGGGCAAUUUCAAUAGAGGGCUGUAUUUGUUUUCCCAAUGUUCAUUGAAGGCAGUGGUAUAGAGCCAGGUGUUAUUGAUACUAAGGAAGAUGUCAGUGAAAAGUUAAUAAGCGGGUUUACUAGCAGUGAACAUUGCGAAAAAUUUUGUGCCUUUACACUUUACAAGUCAAUUUAUACUUCGCAGCCCAAGUGAAACUCUCAAAUAAUGGAGCAGCAUUUAUAUUUAGGCCAGCAUUUUGAUUUUAUAUUUGACAUGCACUCUUUUACGGUCACAUUACUAGCUUGAAAGAGUUUGUUGGAGUGCACCCAGUUGAUAGAGAUGCUAGCGAUCGUUGUAGUAGCUAUAUAUUGAUGAUUGCAAAUUUUAUUGUUCUUAAUUAGGUAUUACCACAUCCAGUUUUAUGUUCUAAAGUGUUUAAUGACUGUGUUGUGUGGGCGCCUUUGUAGGUUAUAAUAACUUAAGUAUUGCAUUGUUGCACAUCACAAGAUCUUUAUUUCCUUGAUUAAGUGGUAAGUUUAUAACAGCUUUGGUUUUACGAGUAUUAACAUUAAUUUUAGCUGCUUUUAUCACAAGCUGAUCAGAGGACCCAGAGAAAAGCCUCCAGUAAAGGCACACGGGCUUAAAGGAGCUCAUAGUUUUCAGCUAAUCAUACUUAAACUAUCUGACAAAGUAGUGACAGGCAGGGUUUUAAGGAUCUGCCAUUGUGCUAUGAAUAUAGAGCUGGGCAUGCCAAGUUUCUGGCUCUUGCAAAUAGAAGCCGCUCCAGUCUUUUCAUCAAGUUGGUUUGUUGCUGCACAGCUGUCAUCAUCCUUUGAGCAGCACUCUACACACCUCUUAGAGGAGAAUGCUGGUCAUUGCUGUCCUUUGUCAAGGCACUUGUUUUGGCAGCAGGUACUUUCCGAAAGCCCAGCAUGUGUGGCAGUCUUCAACAUAUUUGUGUCAAGGUUCUAGGCGGAAGUAAUGUAACAUUCUUAUUCCAGUUCUAUUCAGUUUCGUGCUUCAUUACUGGUCCAAGCAGUGCCUCUCUUACGUUAUUACCAGAAUCGGCCGGUCCGAAGUGGUAGUCUGAUGAAAUGAGUCUACACUGUGCUGGCCUUGCUCUUUCUGUUUGACCAAAGUGGAGGUUCCCUCAGUGCUUCAUGAGCCUGCGGAUAUGGGAUGUCUCUUUUCUUUUACAUAUUUCUGAAGAAACAUAGUGUUGGGCUAAGUUUGUGCAGUUGCGAUGUUGCAUUGUUAUUUAUUUGAGGUUGCUUAGCAAGUAUUUACUUGCAGCAGUGUUCUUGAUAUAUGCCUAACCUAUUUCUUUGCUUUUGUGUUCGAUCUCACUGUACCAGCACAAAGAACCCUUUAAUAAGUGCUGACUUCCCUGCGGACAAAGCAGAGAUCCUAUGCCAUAACUAAUCCCUUCACCAAGUGCAUGACACUCUUCAACAUCUGUGUGCUAUCUUCCCUACCAUAAUAACAGGGCAGUUUUAUAUAAUGAAAAAAAAAUUUAGAGCAUAAAUAUUUCAAUGAACUUCUACCACCAAAAAUUUUUUACUGCUAUUAGCCUAGAGCGCUGUGUUGGUCGAGGGAGAAUAUUUCCUAUUGUUAUGUCGUGAUUGUGCAUGACUGUGUAUGAGCCAGCUUUAAAAGAUAUGCUCCUCAUGGCUUAAAAGUGUGCACGAACCCAAAGUGACAUUUUUAAUGGAUAUUUUGUCCUUAAAUCUAUGACAAUCACUGGAGUUGUGUUCCUGUGCUGUGUUUGGCUACUGUCUGCCCAUUUCUGUGUAUGUGCUCAGUUAACACGAAGUGCGGGGGUAAUUUUUCUCUGCAAAUUUGCUUAAUGGCAAGAGUUUUGUCCAACUUUGCUGUUCUGAUAAGUACAGUGCCUUUGAGGAGCGCAAGGUGUAUUGUUUCACACUUGAGUUGACUCUUUUGAAAUUGGUUUGCUGCUCAAGGAACUGGUGUGUGAGCCAUGAGUGAGGCUGUUACAUGCUCUUUGUGCAGUUGUGAACUUUUGGUCUGGUCUUGAAAUAUGAGACAUUAAAGGCUUUUCACUUCCUGCCAGGAUGCAGGCUUGUA